AUGAAAGAAUACCGGACUCUUGAGAUCAAGGAGAGAAUGGCGCGCGUGCAGGGCGACUGGAACGAGUACCGAGCGCGCUGCCGGAUCGCUCCCCAUUGGGUAUCUAGACAGCUCAGGAUGAUGCGAUGCCAAGACGCGAGCAACGAACAGGGCGAGCAGAACAUCCCUCUGGCCCUGGAACAGCCGCAGCGGCCGACGGUGAGCGCGCACAGCGAGGCAAGGCAUGCACUGACUCUCGGCCACGUCCAACCUCGCGAUAGCGCCCAGGGAAGGCGGCGGCGAGCAGACCGGCCAGCCAGUCGGGUGUCUGGCACACCCUCUACGAGGCGGCGUGCUUGGUCGGGAUGGGGGGCGGGGAUCGAGAGCGCUGGCCGCUGGGAGGCAAUCGAAAAUGGAAACCUCAUGCCAGCCAGCCAGCCAGCCAGCCAGCCAGCCAGCCAGCCGUGCUCAGCCCUGAUCCGCCGUCAAAGCGGCUUCCUGCACAGCAGAGGCGCACGCCAGCUGCUAUGCGGUAGCGCGAUCAGGGAACGCCGCGGUGAUGAUGCCCGAGCGUUGUCGACCCCUCCCGCCCGCUCCCUCGAGAGGUCGCCCGCUCGGUGGCGCGCCGCACCGCAGCCAGCUCAUUUCUAAUCCAACCCGAGGGGCUCGCCACAAGAGCCAUCUUGGCAGC